AUGAAGAUAAUUAAUAUAAUCAACACUUUGGUCAAUUGUCUUUCUGAUCAAGAUAAAGUGGAACUUAAUGUUAACAGCAAUUCCAAGCUCGGUGAAAAUAUUGCGAGAAAGUCAACCUUUGACUAUACAUCAUUUCUAAGACAUUUGGAUUUGCAAAUCUUCGCAAAGGCGUUGUUUUAUUCAUUUGGGACUAGUGGAGGUGGUGAUACGACAACGAUUUUCAAAUGUUUGCAUUUACUCUCGAGAAAAAUCAUCAACGAUAGUGAUGCAAUUCUAUGGGAUUUGAAACUUGAUAUUAUUCCUUCUUUGGUGAAUACAACUCGUACACAAAAUCCAUAUAUCAUUUCUCGCGCGAUGAAAGCUUAUUCAUUAUUAAUGGGUGACGAUAUCAAUUGGAAUCUAUUUAAACUUCCCGGUGCAGCGAGAUCUUUAGUUGGUCUAAGUAAAUUAACCUUGAAGGCUGGAUGCUUGGAAGAAAUUUUUCCAGAGGCAAAAAAGAUUUCACCAAAUAUAAACGAAUUAAUUAUCGUGUUACAUUCCCCUAAAGAUAUGAGAACGUCAUAUGAUCAAGUGAACAGACUGGUUCCCUAUUUACCGAUUCUAAGUUCUUGGCGCCAAUUGAAGACACUUGAUAUAGUGCGAGGAUAUGAUCACCAUAUGUUAAUGCCAGCUGAAAAAUUCUUAAAAUCUCUUGGAACGCAUUUACCAUCCACCGUCGAAAAUCUUACAGUCAACGGCGCACUAAAGUUCUCACCCGAAUCGCUUGAAAUUUUCUUUGAAUUAUUGAUGAGCAAGUCAAUACCAACAUCGUUAACUACCUUGGCCUUUCCUGAAAUGAAAUUUUUCGAUGACAAACACCUUAUUGCCGUUGGAUCAGCUGCGAGAAGAGGAAUGUUAAAGAAAUUGGAUGUUUCUUCGGCUAGGCAUAUCACCUCAAAGAUAUUAAAGGAGACGAGACUCUAUGUCGAUACCAUUUUGGUAGAUUGUUGCUUGGAUGUUUGGCAGGAACAACAAAGGUUGACGAGACGAUAUCGAAAUGAUGAUGUUGAUAGCGAUGAGGAUAUUUUUAAUACGGCAAUUGAUUAUUUCGUUAAUGGGAAACCUUUUAAAUAA